AUGCAGCUCUCGCUCCUCCUCUCCGCCCUCGCGGCCACAGCCGCCGCCGCCGCCACCCACCAGCACCAGCAGCAGCAGCAGCAGCAGACGACAAUCUCCAUCGCCGUGCCGGCGAGCCACGCCGUCGCCAACCCAGGCGCCCUGCCGCCCUCGACCCACGCCACGCUCUCGGCGCAGCACGCCUCGCACCGCGCCGCCCUGAGCGCCGCCAACGCCUUCGUCUUCCGCAACGUCACGCCGGGGUCCUACCUCGCCGACGUGCACUGCCCCACGCACGCCUUCCACCCCUUGCGCAUCGACGUCGAGGCAGACUCGGGCGGCCUCCUCCUCGCCGUGCGCGCCUGGGAGACCUACCGCGGCAACGACUGGGACAACCGCGGCGAGGCCCUCGCCGUGGCGGCGACCGCCUCCGGCUCCGGGGCGUACCUCUCGGCCCGGGCGCUGGGCCCCAAGGCCUACUACACGGAGCGCCAGGGCUUCUCGCUCAUGAGCAUCCUGGGCAACCCCAUGAUCCUGAUGGGCCUCGUCAGCAUGGGCCUGUUCGUCGGCAUGCCCUACCUGAUGGAGAACAUGGACCCCGAGAUGAAGGCCGAGUUCGAGCAGCGCCAGAAGCAGAACCCGAUGAACAGCAUCCUCAGCGGCGCCGCCGGCGGCCAGCAGGCCGGGGCCGGCAACCCCAUGGACAGCAUGGCGGCGUACCUGGCGGGCAGCUCCAAGAAGGAGGAUGGCAACGGCGGCGGCAAGAAGGCGCAGGGUGUCCGGAGCUCACAGGCUCCCGUUCGUGGUCUCGUAUUCACCGGUCUUCUUCGUCUUCUUCUCCCACCAGCAGGCCUGAUCUCCAAGCUUCAAUGGCAUAGCACUCGGUCAUCAAGCAUGCUCGAUCGAUCGACCCAAUUCCCAUCUUUCCCCCUUCUUGACUUCUUUAAGCGAUAA